AUGACAUCAAAAUGGCAAGCCAUACAUCUUCUCCAUGGAGUCCGAGCCAUAGUUGGUGGUCAAGGCCCCCCUGUGAUUCUCAUUCCAGGCUGGCCACAAACAGCAGAGGCGUUUAGCGACAUCUUCGAGCCCCUUUCAAAACAGUAUCAGUUCUUCGCUCUCGAUCCCCCAGGCUUGGGCGAUUCACCUGCUCCCCUCAAUGGUUAUGAUACCGCCAACGUGAGCAAAGUCAUGGCCGAAGCUGUUCACGAUCAUUUGAAAGAUAAAUCGUACCAUCUGGUUGGCCACGAUGUGGGUGGAUGGAUUGCUUAUCCCUGGGCUGCUCAAUUCCAAUCGAAAAUCAAAUCGCUCAGUAUACUGGACGCAUCGGUGCCGGGUUUCUUGCCCAAGUUUGAGUUUCCAUUGUCUCGCCAAACCAACUUGCGUCUUUGGCAAUUCUCAUUCAAUGCGCUUCCUGAAUUACCCGAAAUCCUGACGACUGGCCGCGAGCGGGAGCUACUCACCUGGUUCUUCAAUUUGAAGACCGUUCAUCCCGGUGGUUUGCCUAAAGAUCAAUUUGAACGCUAUAUCCAAGCGUAUUCAAGACCGGGAGCGAUGAGUCGGGGGUUCGAGUAUUACAGAGCUUUUGAAACAAGCGCGAAACAGAAUUUGGAAUUUACAAAGACACCACUCGAUAUCCCUGUCUUGGCUUUAGGUGGUGCUAGCUCGGUCGGUUCGGGCAUGAUUCAGUUGGUCCAGAACUUUGCGACUAAAGUUUCCGGUGGAGCUAUUGAGGAUUGUGGGCAUUUUCUCCCUGAAGAACAACCAUCUGCUGUGGCACAGAGGCUGCUGGAGUUUUUAGAGGCAAAUGAAACGGACUAA